AGGGUGAAUCACUGGAUCUCUCCAGAAGUCUGUAAUGUUGUCCUUCAGUUCUUACUCUGUCCGUGCAGCAGCUCCUCUCAUCUCUACUUUCUCCUCUCAUCUCCUGAUAAUGAUUAUUAGGACACUUUCUCCAUUCAUUGUCCUCUUCGUUGUCUGCUGUUACGCAGAGGAGGUGAGGAGUAAAAGUAAAGUUUGUGCGAAUGUGUUCUGUGGAGCUGGAAGAGAAUGUGCUGUCACAGAGAAAGGAGAACCGACCUGUCUGUGUGUCGAGCAAUGUAAACCCCAUAAGCGUCCAGUCUGCGGCAGUAAUGGGAAGACGUACCGUAAUCAUUGUGAGCUGCAUCGUGAUGCCUGUCUCACUGGACUUAAAGUGCAGGUGGCCCAUCAUGGACAUUGUGAAGAGAAAAAAAUGGAAAAGAUCACCAACAGCCCAAUUGUUUGUUACCUUACGGACCGCAAUGAGUUGAGGAGUCAUGUUAUUGAAUGGUUGCAGUCUGAGGUGGAGCCUGACGGCUGGUUUUCUAAAGGAUCCAACUUCUCAGAUGUCCUGCUCAAAUAUUUCCAGAACUAUGAUAAUGGAGACGCUCAGCUGGAUUCAACAGAAUUCCUGAAGUUCAUUCAGCAUAAUGAGACUGCAAUUAAUAUCACCUCUCCUUACGCUGAGGAGGAGAACAACCGCCUGCUCAGGAGUCUGUGUGUGGAUGCCCUCAUCGAGCUGUCUGAUGAGAAUGCUGACUGGAAACUGAGCUUUGAUGAGUUCCUCAACUGCCUCAGGCCUGGAUUCAACCCUCCAGAGAGGAAGUGCGCCUUAGAGGAUGAGACGUACGAGGAUGGUGCUGAGACUCAGUUGGAAUGUAACCGCUGUGUUUGUGCCUGCGGGAACUGGGUUUGCACCGCUGUUAUUUGUGAUGGUACAAAUAAGUUACCUGCUCUGGAGGAAACGGAGGGAAAUGAUCAGGAGAUGACGGAGGAGGAGUGGACUCUGCGAGUGGCUGAACUCAAUAAACAUCAGGAAACUGUGGAGAAGAUGAAAUUGGCAACUAAAGAGGUUUGAGGAGCAGUUCAAGAGGAAUAAUGAACAUUUGUCCAGAUUUCAACUUCAAUCAACCUGUGUUUGAAUGGAAAGAGAAAGUUUCAUUUUUUAGUUUAUUAUAUUAAUUAUUGAAGUCAAAGGUGUGUUCUGUUUUAUUAUUUGUUAUAGUCUUUAUUUGUUUGGGGAUAAUAUAAGAGAGUAUGUAUGAUUUGUACUUGUAGUGUAAAAUACUGCAAACCUUUUGUAAUGUACACAUUCAGUGUACUUUUGAUGUUUCUAGGCAGGAGGUUCAUAGUUCAUCUUAAAUUUAACAGGAAAUAUGAGAUUAUAUUUUGUAUCACAAUUAAGCCCCCCCCCCCCAUUAUUUUGUGAUGAUUUUGCAUUAAUAAAGUGCUGACACAAACUAUGUAA